AUGGAUUUACACAAUAAUCAUAAUUCAUUUGAUAAAUUAAAAAACUCAACAGAUGAAAAUAAUCAGCAUGAUAUUUAUUGUUUUGAAUGUCAUCAUGUAGGAGAUGUUGUUAGUUGUGAUUCAUGUCCACGUGUAUAUCAUUUGAAAUGUCUUGGUUUAGCUGAAUUACCUGAAGCAGAUUGGACAUGUGCAGAAUGUGAAGUCACUCAAUCAUCAUUUUAUAUCAUAAAUCAAUCAACGCCACGACAACAUCAUUCAGUAAAUGAAUUUCAAAAAAUGCUUAAAUAUGCUCUUGGUCGAUUGCAAUCACAUCCUCAAGCUAAACAUUUUUUGCGACCAAUCGAUGAUAAACAAAUACCAGAAUAUUUUAAUUAUAUCAUUCAUCCAAUGGAUUUGGAAACCAUAGAAAAAAAUAUAAAUUUAAAAAAAUAUUGUUCAACUGAAGCAUUCAUCAACGAUAUUAAAUGGAUUGUACAUAAUAGUAUUAUUUAUAAUGGAAAUCAAAGUAAAUUAACUAAUAUUGCACGUACAUUUCUUAGAAUUGCUCGCCAUGAAAUGACAGAAAUUGAACUUUGUUUCGAAUGUUAUUUACGUAGUACACAACCUAUAUCAACAGAUUGGUUUACUAAACCAUGUUCUAUUCCACAUACAUUAUGUUGGGCGAAAAUGCAAAGUUAUCAACCAUGGCCAGCUAAAGUUUUACGUAUUGUUAAUGAUGAAGUUGAUGUUCGUUUUUUUGGUCAACAUGAUCGAGCAUGGAUACCACUUCGUAAUUGUUUUGUUCUAUCAAAAGAAUAUCCAGGUUCCCAAAAGAAAAAAUCCAAUACUAAUUUGGAAAAAAGUUUUACUGAAUUACAAAGUCAUAUUGAUCAAUUAAAAAAACUUUAUGGACAUUUUACAUAUGCACCUCCACAAACAUUAUUAAAUUCUAUUUUACCUUCUUAUAUGACAGUCGCAAAUAGCAAUCAUACAUCUCAAUCAACACUAAAGCGUUCAAAACAACAACGUUUUUCUAUUCAUGAUUCAUCGUCUGUAUCAAAUAAAAAAAAAUCUGUUAAACGUUCUAAUGAAAAUUCAUAUCACCAUCAACAAUCAAUUAAACGUCAACGAGUUUUGCAUAAACAUAUCAAUGAAAAUCUUUGCUCAAAAGAAGCUAAUGAAUUACAAUCAACAUUAAAUGUCUUUGAUAUAUUGAGUCACACUAAAAAUGAUAAUGAAAUAUCAUCAAUUCCAUUUAAGUUUCGAUCUAUAUCUCCUACGGAUAAUAAAUUACGAAUUCAAGCAUUAUUACGAAAAUAUAUUAAUUGUAAACCACACACAUCCAAUCUUAUUACAUCGGAUGUCACAUCAUCCAUGGAUGCAUUACUUGAUUCUGUUGAAACAUUUGAAUCAAUACCUGAAGUUCAUACAAAUGUGAAUAUAUUACCUGUAAAAAAUCAAACAUCAGAACAAUCUCAUUUACCGGAAGAACAUUUAAGAACAAAAAAAUCUCGAAAAUCUAAUUUACAGCAUCGUAUUAUUUCUAAAAAUACUAAUUCAAAUUUUAUCACAUGUUCAUCAUUAGAUGAAUCCAUUUCUUUAUCAUUACCAUUUGUACCAUUAAGACCAUUAUCAGUUAGUCCACCAAAUGUAAAUAAUGUUGAAAGCACUUCGUCGGAAAUACAUGAUAGUAUAAUAACACAACAACAACCAAUAACACGAACAACAUCAAUUGAAAUACUCAGUAUGAAAUCAGAACCAAUCGAUCCAGACGAACAUCAUCAGAUAACACAAUCAUCUAUUUCAACAAACUCUUGUUUCAUAUCAUCUCCGUUAAAUACAAACCUUUCGUUUCCUACCAUUAUUCCUGAUUCUUGUUGCACAUCUUCGAUAGCAACAACAAUUCCAACAAAGAAUAUUUACUCAUCAACAUUAUCCUUCAUUCCUUCGACACAACAAUUAGAAGAUAGAAGCCAUAGACAAUUAGAAGAAUCAUCAAUACAUUCUUCAACAUUGUCGAAUUCAUUUCUGACGAAUUCAUCAGUACAAAAACAAUCAAUUAGUACAAGACAUUCUCAGCGUGUUUCAAAUACUCUUCCCAUAUCAAAUCAAGAUUUUAUACAAUUUCAACAAUUACUCAUUGAUUUAACUAGUAAAAUCGAAUCAUCUCUUCAAACAACACGUAUGAAAUAUGAAAAAAAUCUUGAAGAAACUCGCCGUUCUUAUCAUAUAUCAUUAAAUGAAUUACAUACGAUCACAACCGAACAAAUUCAAGAAAUUCAUCAUAGUCUAGAAUUACAAUAUUGGAAAAGACUUUCUGAAAUGCGUAAUCGAUAUGAAUCAAAAUUUCAAUAUGAAUAA